GCCCCGCGCGCCCGUAUAAUAAUAUUAAUGCCCGCGCGGCCGGCGUGCCAUGUCGCCAUGGAUCGGGAUCGUCCAUGAUCAUCGCUCGCCGGCCACUGCGCAUUCAUUAGCCGUUUGGUCUCUCGCUGCAGAAAAAAAAAAACAAUACGAGCAAUGCCGCUGCCGCGCCGCGCCGCGCUCGCCGUCGCCGCGGCGCUUCUCGUUGCCGUGGCCGUGGCCGCGCCGCGGGCAGCCGGACAGUCGGCGGAUCCGGACCGCUGGACGGCGUGCGCGGCGGGCACGGUGGAGGAGUGCGCGGGCGGCGGCGGCGGCGCGGCCAGGAGGGAGCUCUGGGGCAGCCAGUACAUCAGCUACGACGCGAUGAGCCGGGGGCGGGUGCCGUGCUCGUACCGCGGCGCGUCCUACUACAACUGCCGGCCGGGCGGGCCGGCCAACCCCUACUCCCGCGGCUGCUCCCACAUCACCCGCUGCAGAGGCUAGCCAGCGAUCCGGCGCCCGGGCCAUGGCGGGCGGCAUGGUCUCGUCUCGGUUCUUGCAGCAGCACCUUGUUUGUAAGGCGAAACUCCUUUUCUCUUCUCUUCUCUUCUCUUCUCCUUUGGUGUUCUAUAGCUGGGUUUUGAGGGAUGGAUGGAUCAUUUGACAGGGAGCAAGCUUCUUCUUGCCCUAUAUUUUGUAAUUGGCAUUAUUAAUAGGCGGCAUGUACGCAUCAAGAGGUCCUAAUGAUUCGUUAUGUUCGUGCAUA